UUUCCCAGGGUUGAAAUGUCUACACCACAGGGUGUGGAUUUAAGCAGAUUGGUAGAUCCAGUGGCUCACUUCCCCUGGCUAGAGAACUGUUGCCAUUCCACCAUGUCACACAGUUCGCAGUCCAACGAUCUGCUUAACCAGGACUGGUUCAAACAACUCUUUGAAUUAACACAGCCAGUUUUGAAUGUUCAGCCAAUUGACCUGACCUUCAGCGAUGAGCCACACGAGGGGAUGCCAGAGAAUCGGAUCGAGAUUAGCAUGGAUGUGGUGCGCAUGCAGGAUAUGGACCCUUUGGACCCCAAAUGGAUGUACUGUGGAGAGCAUCGUAACUGGUUUCAUCACUGCCUGGCAUGGAGGGGCCACUGCACAGGACUAGAAAAAGCUGCAGAAAGUUGUAAACUCAUCCAGCUCCAUCAUGGGCACCAGUCUCCCCAGCAUCCAGGACAUCUUCAAAAGCCUCAGUUCACGAACUUGGGGCUCCUCAACAGUAUGGAGCAGCAGAUGCCGAAUGGGUCAUCCUCCACGAGCCCUUACAGCAAUGAGCACCCCACCAGCGUGACGGCGCCUUCUCCGUAUGCCCAGCCCAGCUCCACCUUCGAAGCUCUCUCCCCAUCACCAGCCAUCCCGUCCAAUACUGACUAUCCAGGCCCACAUGGCUUUGAUGUGUCAUUCCAGCAGUCCAGCACAGCCAAGUCUGCCACAUGGACGUAUUCUCCAGAGCUGAAGAAACUGUACUGUCAGAUUGCCAAGACUUGUCCAAUCCAGAUCAAAGUGAUGACGCAGCCGCCGCAGGGAGCUGUGAUCCGCGCCAUGCCUGUGUACAAGAAGGCGGAGCACGUCACCGAGGUGGUGAAACGCUGCCCAAACCACGAGCUGAGUCGGGAGUUCAAUGAUGGUCAAGUGGCCCCACCCAGCCACCUGAUUCGAGUGGAGGGGAGCAGCCAUGCUCAGUAUGUAGAGGACCCGAUCACUGGCAGACAGAGUGUGAUGGUGCCCUAUGAGCCACCACAGGUCGGUACAGAAUUCACCACCAUUCUCUACAACUUCAUGUGCAACAGUAGCUGUGUUGGGGGAAUGAACCGGCGCCCUAUCCUCAUCAUUGUCACCCUGGAGAACCGGGAUGGCCAGGUUCUGGGACGCCGCUGCUUUGAAGCCCGAAUUUGUGCAUGCCCUGGCCGUGACCGUAAGGCAGAUGAGGACAGCAUCCGCAAGCAGCAAGUGACUGACGGGGUAAAAGGCGUUGACACCACCAAAAGGCUCCGUCAUGUGAACCAGGGAAUCCAGGUGGCCGCCAUCAGUAGUAAGAAACGGCGGCCAGGCGAUGAGGAGCUCUUCUAUUUACCAAUCAGGGGACGGGAGACAUAUGAAGUGUUGCUGAAGAUUAAGGAGUCACUGGAGCUGAUGCAGCUGUUACCGCAGCACACCAUUGAAAGCUACAGACAACAGCAGCAGCAUCUACUGCAGAAACAACCAUCGAUGCAGUCACAACAAUCGUUUGGGCCUUCGCCCCCGCCGAUGAAUAAAAUGCACAGCACCGGGAACAAGCUGCCGUCUGUCAGUCAGCUGAUCAGCCCUCAGCGCAACACUCUCACGCAGGCAGCCAUGCCGGGGAGUAUGGUUGCUCCGAUGAUGAACAUCCCAAUGCAGAUGAAUGGGGAAAUGAAUGGUCUGAGCCCAACGCAGGGGUUGUCUUCUCCAAUGGCAUCGACCUCUCACUGCACGCCCCCACCGCCGUACCCGUCUGACAACAGCAUCUCCAGUUUCCUGACGAGAGCUGGUUGUGCGUCAUGCCUGGAGUAUUUCACCACCCAGGGACUGAUGAAUGUUUACCAGAUCGAACAUUUUACCAUGGAUGACCUGAUCAGCCUGAAGAUCCCCGAGCAGUACAGGCAUGCCAUCUGGAAAGGAAUAUUGGACCACAGACAGUCCCUCGACUUUGCCAACACCCCCCAGCUCCUGAGAAACACCAGCAGCAGCUCCACCGCCAGCCUGGGCUCCCAGAGCGAGACGCGGGGCGAGCGUGUAAUCGACGCCGUCCGCUUCACCCUGCGCCAGACCAUCUCCUUCCCUCCCCGUGAUGACUGGAACGACUUCGGGUUCGAUGUGGACGGCCGUCGCAGUAAGCAGCGGAUCAAAGAGGAAGGAGAGUGAUGUGGCAGCCAUCAUGGCCAGAUUCAUCCCCAAAGGACGAUGUUCCAAGCUCUUUACCAAGCAUAACAAAUCGAGGGGACACUGUUGGAACAGUUUCUGUACGCGCACUCGCAAUCAUCUGGUUGCACUUAACCUAGUUUUGUUUUCCGUCUUUAUUUUUACAUUUUUUUUUGUCUUAAGCCCAAACGGCCCAUUAUUUUGGUAGCUGUAUGAAAGCUUAUAGGGUGCUUGAGGGGCUAUGUGGGGUUUGCAUCAGCUGUAUUUUAUACAUCUCUUCCUGUUCGAAAUGGAUCGUUUCCAUCAGAUGCACAAAGGAGUGGGGUGAGCGGACAGUCACAGGCAUCCUUCCUCACUACACCCCUGGCUAGAUGUACUUUGGAGAGGACACCAGGACAUUCCACACAACCAGGGGAGAUGUCACUGAUUGUCAUUGUAACAGUGGUGGUCAGUCUCUCAGUGGGAGGCUGUGCUGUCGAUUGUAGUAACUGUAUCGAAUCUGUCCGCCUGUGGGGUUUUGAACUCAGUUUCAGUCCUGCAGUGAUAAGCUUGCUACUAAACCUGCCACCAGCCGGUGUCUGGUGAGAAAUGGCUAGGCACUGCCCCCUGUUCCGAAGGUUCUUCUGGCUGACCCAGUCUCCCUGAGUAAGCCUACUCUGGGGUAGCUGUGGUGAAAACCUGCAGCUUUCCGAUACCAGCUCAGAACGUUACCAUUGCGGAGAGAAUAUUGCUCCCAGCACUGGGCUGUUGACUGACCCAGAUGAAUACUGACUCAGUCAUGUGAGUUAGCCCAAAGUUAGAAGGGCUGAGGGAAAAAAUGUUUGAUUUCAAUGUUUAAUUUUAUAACUUUUCAGAAUGAAAUGUUGGGACCUGUCUCCAUGUGCAUUUCAGUUGUGGGAAGCUGCAGGAUGUGAGAUUUUCCUGACCCUAUAGGUGCAGCCCAGACUCUGAGGGACACUGGAGAGCACGUCCAGUUCCACACUGUCCCAGUGUCAGUCCGACACUGGAGAACAUGUCCAGUUCCACACUGUCCCAGUGUCAGUCCGACACUGGAGAACAUGUCCAGUUCCACACUGUCCCAGUGUCAGUCCGACACUGGAGAACAUGUCCAGUUCCACACUGUCCCAGUGUCAGUCUGCCACUGGAGAGCAUGUCCAGUUCCACGCUGUCCCAGUGUCAGUCCACCACUGGAGAACAUGUCCAGUUCCACACUGUCCCAGUGUCAGUUUGCCACUGGAGAGCAUGUCCAGUUCCACACUGUCCCAGUGUCAGUCCACCACUGGAGAACAUGUCCAGUUCCACACUGUCCCAGUGUCAGUUUGCCACUGGAGAGCAUGUCCAGUUCCACGCUGUCCCAGUGUCAGUCCGACACUGGAGAGCCUGUCCAGUUCCACGCUGUCCCAGUGUCAGUCUGCCACUGGAGAGAACAUCCAGUUCCACACUGUCCUAGUGCCAGACUGUCACUGGAGAGAACAUCCAGUUCCACACUGUCCCAGUGUCAGUCCGUCACUGGAUGUGCUCGGAAACCCCCCCUCCCCCCAGUUAUGACAGUGUGCAGAGGACACUGGAUAAUUAGUACACCUUUCUGAGGCAGUGUCAAAUCUGGACAGUGACUGAUAACUAUAAUAGUCAUUCCUGGAUCCCAUGUCAUGUGGAAAUUAGGUGAUAAAAAUGUGUGACAGCCUGUUAAUCUUACACUUCAUAGCACUGUCACCUGGUUACAUGCUAGUGGGUAGUCUGGCCUGAUUUGGCAUGAAGAAGAUGUUAAACGAGAGACUUUGUUAAAACAUUGACUGAAGCCACCACUUGUCUGGUGACUGUUUGUGUAUGGUGCCAUUGUGUUUCCUGCUUGAACGGGCUGUCUGUCUGUUAACCAUUUUGUAUCUGAGUCCUAGAUUUCAAUGUUAUAUGCAAUGAUCUUUUGAUAUUUUGCUAUAGAGACUGAAGCUGUCCUGCUGGUGAACUCCAAGCAUUUUGGUGCUAUUGUCUGAAGGGGAGGGGGUCAUCUAAUUCCUCACAAACUGUGCGGUGAGGUGAAGUCUGCAACAGCUACACUCAAACUUGCACUUCAACAGUUUACAAUUGUUCUAAACUUCCUGCUAAGCCCAUCGCCCCUACUGGGGCGCAGGCCACCGAGACCAGCUGGCUGGGGUCCUCCGUCCUGGGGCAGUCGUUCAGGUUGUCCCCAGGUAUAGCCCAUCUUCUUGGUGUUCUUCCCUCCAGGGAUGAGGACUUUGGAACUUCUGUUGCACUGUUCUACCUAUCAAACCUAUUCCCCGCAGUUUCUGUGGCAUAUACAGAGAGACCAUUUAAGCUCUGGUAAUUUUGACCACUUCGAAAACUGAUUGAUUUCCAGAGUUUAGGUCCACCACUGAGGAAUUGUCGGCCAGCCUCUUCUCUGCGUCAUCGGGGUGGGAGGGGAGUCUGUAAUGUUGCACAGACCAGCAAGGUCAGCCGGAGAGAGGGAGGGACGAAAAGCAUGAGCAUUUCACGCAAGGCCUGCGUUGUGUGACGUGCCAGACACCCCAGUGGAUGAGGCUAGAAACAGUUUUGAGAUGCUCUCUGUGCAGGCAAGGAGGAACAUAACUGAUGUUUUCUGCAGAGUACAGACGUGGCUGGGACAGACUUCAAUAUAUUACAGAUAUUUGUUAACAUUUAAAUGGGAGUUCUUCUACAAUGGAUUUCAGAAUCAUUAACAAACUGGUCAGUCUUCAUUUCACAUUAUUGUAAAUAUAUCAUUGGAAUAUUUUGUCAUUUUCAAUAUAUAAAAAGAUAAAUAUAUUUGUUUAAGGUGGUCUAAUCGGUAACUAACUUGGUCAACUGUGCGUGCACCAACACUGGCGGUUACGGGUCCCGGAGAGAAAGAGAGUGGGUAUUUUUUACCCACUGUUUUAAGCCUGGGUCUGCAGUAAGGCUGCAAAGAGGGUUGGUGAACAAUGGAUGCUAUUUUCAUUCAGACUGUUUUGCUGCGUAGGUAAUUGGCUGUUGUGAACAGCAGGUGUUGGGGCUGCCGGCAGGUGCAUUGUCGUGUUUGGAAGUGGUAUUUACAUUUCAGCCUGUGUAACUCUGCCGUCAUGUGUUGGAUUUGAUGCACUUUACUGUCGUCUGUGUUAAAUUCCACCACAAUACUGAUUUUUUUUCUUUUUGCAGUAUUACGCAUUCAAUUAAAACUCUCGAGAUUCCUUUGACUGUUGUUUCAAUUUUUAUUUUGUCAUAACAUAAUGAUUUUUAGCAAAAGACACUGAGACACUUGAAUAGGAAAGCUUUAGAGCGGGGUUCCCAACCUGGGAUUCACCGACUCCUUACUUGCUGGUAUUGGUCCAUGGCAUAAACAAGGUUUAGAGGGAUAAGGGCCAAAAGACACAGGAGCAGGAUUAGGCCACUCAGCCCAUUGAGUCUGCUCUGCCUUUCCAUCAUGGCUGAU